UUCAUUCUGGCGAAGAAGAAUGAGCAGAACAAAUUAGAUUGAAAAGUGUGUACACGGGGUGGUACGCUAGAGUGAGUGCGUAUGCGUGGACAAAAUCUCGAAUUGAUGAAGUUUCAGCCGCAAAUUUAGCCUCGCUGGGUGAAAAGUGUGAAUGAAGAUAGUCGCUCCGUGCCUAUUCGCUGAAGCUGUAUGCGAACGUAAAAGUGUUCGGCAAGGAGGAGGGUAACAUAUAUGCCGUAGAUUGGUUGCAUCGCAGGCAUUACGACACGAAGACAAGGUGCUGAAUUGGGUGGUGGAACCAUUCGCUGGAACACACGUCCGUGGCAGCAGUGGUCGAAUUGAAAGAAGAUUAAUUACGGCAUUUUUCGUACUCGCUGUUUUGAUAGGUGACCCGGAGCGUGGGAAGUUUCUGGCAGAAGAAAUUGUCCCGCAUCAUUGUGCGCCUGUACGGUUGAGUGCGUGUGUUAGUGUGUGUGUGUGUGUAUGUGUUGACGUGUGUGUCAUUUUUUCGGCCCUUUUGCGUGAAAAGCAAGAGCAGAGAAGAACAGUGUAGUGUGUAAGCGCAGUGCCUACUGUUCAUUGCUGGUAGCACGAAAAAGGGGCAAAGAAACGGCUUCCAGCUUAGGGACGGUAUCGGGAAACAAGGAAUAGUAACCGGAAUAAACCAUUGGGCAUUGGUGGACUGUUUGCUGGACGGCGCUGUAGCAAGAGAAUUAGAGCAAGUCAAGAACGGUGACGUCAGAAAGGAUCUGAAAGGAUAACGUGUAGCGAACAUGGCUGGUCAAACGAUCAAUGACAGGUUGCUGGCUGCACGGCACAGCCUUGCUGGCCAAGGGCUGGCAAAAUCCGUGUGCAAGGCUACGACGGAAGAAAUGAUUGGACCGAAGAAAAAACAUCUUGAUUAUUUGGUACAUUGCACCAACGAACCGAAUGUGUCGAUUCCUCAUUUAGCAACAUUGCUGAUCGAGCGGUCUCAGAACGCCAAUUGGGUCGUGGUAUACAAAGCAUUGAUUACCACCCAUCACAUGUUGGCCUAUGGAAACGAGCGCUUUAUUCAAUAUUUAGCUUCAAGCAAUUCAUCCUUCCAGUUGAACAACUUUCUCGAUAAAGGUGGAGUGCAAGGCGCUGUCGGUGCUCGUAUGGGUUAUGAUAUGUCUCCGUUUAUACGGCGUUACGCAAAAUAUCUUAACGAGAAGGCGCUAUCGUAUCGUACAGUGGCGUUCGAUUUUUGCAAAAUGAAACGUGGAAAAGAAGAAGGAUCCUUGCGCGUGAUGCACGCCGACAAGCUUCUGAAGACAUUGCCCAUUUUGCAAGCGCAGUUAGAUUCGUUGCUGGAGUUUGACUGUACAGCCAACGAUCUCACAAAUGGUGUCAUUAACAUGUGCUUCAUGUUACUAUUCCGCGAUUUGAUACGGCUGUUCGCUUGUUACAACGAUGGUAUCAUAAAUCUAUUGGAAAAAUAUUUUGACAUGAAUAAGAAGCAAUGCCGUGAUGCGCUGGAUCUGUACAAAAAGUUUCUUACUCGUAUGGAUCGGGUGGGAGAGUUUCUCAAGGUGGCUGAGAACGUUGGUAUUGAUAAGGGUGAUUUACCAGAUCUUACGAAAGCUCCGAGCUCGCUGUUAGAUGCGCUCGAGCAGCAUUUGCUGGCGCUGGAGGGCAAGAAAGGAUCAGCAGCCAACACUCCUACACAAACGGCAAGCAAUCAAAAGAAUGUCAAAAGUGGAGUUAGCGCUCUUACAUCGACUAGUUCGUCGUUUGGAAUUGUGGCAGAGUCAACCAAGUUUGAUAGUCCCACAAACGGCAUGAUUGAUGAAAGUUUGAAGGCUCAAGUCCUGGCUGAAGAAGAGGCCGCAAUGAAUCAGUACAAGUCCAAGGUAUCUUCUCCCACAACGGCGACGGCUAUAACGAAUCCGUUCCUAUCGUCGCCUACUGCUAGUCAAAAUAACAUCGUCGAUCUUUUCGAAGCACCAAAACCGGCACAGGAUCAACAAGCGUCUGCUGUUUCGUCCAAGGCAUCAGACGAUCUGCUGCAACUGGGAAACCCAUUCGCUGACGUAUUCGCCACGCCAGCACCACCAGUCGCCAAUACAGUUCCAGUAGGAGCUGCCAAUGCGUUUGGCGCCACCAACACAUGGAUGGGCAAUGGAGGCUUCAACGGCGGUAUGGCAGCAGCGGCUGUUCCUGGAAUGGCAGGAUCAGCUGUCCCGGGCAGUGACACAUUCGUUUCCGAUAACAAUUUCACUUCAGUUUUCGGGGGUCUGGAACAAAAUGGAUCUAGUGCACCUCCGGCAGCUGCCGCCCAAACUGGAAAGGUAUUGACGGGCGAUUUAGACAGCUCAUUGGCGUCGUUAGCUGAAAGUCUCACCAUCAAUAAGUCAAACUGUGGGAAGAAUAUGCAAUGGAGUUCGCCGAAGACAUCAGCCAAAACAGGAUCUGCUGGAUGGUCACCGCAACCACAGCCGGCUACCAAUCAGACUGGCUACAAACCAAUGGCACAAGGUAUGGCUGUUUUUCCAGUUCCUAGCACAAUACAUCCCAGCACACACACUCCCCUUCCCGUAGUGCCAGGAUAUUACAUUCAGCAAGGAAUGACUCAGAUCAGGCCAAUGAUGGGAGCUACCAUGUCGGGAACAACUCCAGCAAUGGCACCUGGAAUGGUAGCUACCGGUAUGCCAGCCCAACAACCGGUGCUUACUAGUCAACAAUCGUUGCACAUGCAACCAGCAAUGAUGCAACAAGCAGCACCAGCGAUGCCUUCAAACGCUGCUGCGGCUGGCAGUAUUCAGUUGGAUCCGUUUGGAGCGCUAUAAGCUACUAAUAUACGUUAUUCAAGCAUACUCUAUGCAAACACCUAAAUGCAUAUACACAUACUCUUAUCACGUGCUGUAGAACACUAAUAACGAUGAAAAUAGCAAUGAAUUCAGCUAGAUAAUCUGAUGCAUAUGUAUUACAUAUAUUUGUUUGUUUUUGCUCCACGCCAUUGGAAAGCAUGGACAAGUAGGAAAAGAAGCGAGCGACGAAGCAGAGAAGAAAGGACUCUCUUUGCAUUAAGCAGACAGCAUCCCUGGUGGAAUGUCGAGAUAGUGUAAAGGAUUAUUAUAAGUGCGGUUGCCAAUAUCUUGAUAAAAUACGUCUUGAGAGGACUGUUGGCCAUGUCGAGUGUACGUAUUAAUGUACCGACAGUAUCAUGCAUAUGAAACACGACGAUACUUGAUGUGAGCGUAAUAAUGAAAUGCUAAGAAUGGUAAAUUAUACAAGGAUUGAGCAUAUUUUCGAUCCGCAACACUUGUGGAGUGGAUUUGACAACUUAGUUGCAAAACGGUAAUGCUUCAGUCUGUUUUGAAUGGAUACGAUUGUGUUUUUCUUCUAUCAAAAGAUAUUAGGAUCAAAUGAAACCAUUCCAAACAUCGGCAAACACAUAUUGCAGGAGUAUUCUACAUUGCUGUAAAUGGAAGAAAGCACGUGUCAUCGGGUAGAAAAGCCUGCAACUUCUAAUCAUUCCAAAACGCGUUUUUCUCUUUCUGCCACUGAGCAAUAGUUUGAUGCGCGAGAAAAUGUAGAUAUCUGCGCAUGGUACGUACAGGCAUAAAACGAACACUAUCUUUGAGGCGAACUACCUGCACCAGUUUCAAUAGGUCGGUAGGUAAGUUCUGGAGCUCUAGCAUACGCACGGACGGUAAAUUAUAAUCUAAGGAUAUCAGUAACAAUAAUGAAUGAUAUGUAAAUGAUGGUAGAAAUUAUUGACUGUAAGAAAUAAGCAUAGAGAGCAAGCGCAUAUUUCCCCGUAGGCAGGCAUAGGCUUCUACUGCAAUAUCUUGUUGUUUGUUGCUUUUGUUGCAGUAUUAUCACUGCUUCGACAUUCAGAUAUAUCUAAUGAAAUGCAAAAAAAAAAUGUUAUUCACUAUUGAAUAUAGUUUUGUUUGGAAUACAGCAUGAGGAUUUGUUUUUAGAACAGGAUGCCAGUAUCUAAUUACACUAUCUUCAGCCCUUGUUCGUUUAAAUAGUCGGGAUGACUUUACUAACUCUCCUGUGUCUCCGUAAAGAAGUGCAAAUACUACAACAUUAGGAAGUUAUUAUAAUAAUGUGAGAUAUCGCUAAUCUUACUCUAGAGACAGAAACACGGCAAAGGACUAUCGCGAAGCAAGGAAUCCGUAUGCAUGUAUUUAUGAAUAUAAAAUUGUAGUAAUAUUAUCUCUAUAUUGUACACAUUAUUGUAUUUUCCACUGCAAAAUGCGCACUUGCGGAUUGCAAGGACAGUAAAUACAUUAUAAUAUACCAGAAAGAUACAUAUAUACAUAUACACAUACUUGCUUGCUGUGAAGGAAGCUUAUCAUAUAAUUAAUAGAAUGUAAUGUGUUGUGUUUUCCCCCCUUAAGAGCAGAUAGUGCAAUAAGGGCAGUUGUUUACUAUGGAUGACGAUAAAUGAUCUGUGAAAGGAUGGGAAGGAUAAGACAUGAAGAGAGACAUAGGGAACGUAUGUGGGUGUGUGUGUGUACUUAUCAUCGACGACAACAUGAUGCAAACGCUAAGCAAAAGAUCGAGGAUUGUUUCAACUAAAUAUUUACGUUCACAUUGGUUAGUCCUUUCGUGCGAACGAUUUAUUUUAUUUUUUCAGAUGAGCAGUUCAGAUAAGAUCAUUAUUAUGAAUAGUGCUUACGCGAUUGAGGUGCAACGAUAUGUUAUUACUUGCCUACAAUGAAAGAUAAAAUUCUUCCCACAUACUACUACGCAAGCUGCGGGAGUCUUUUUUUUGCCUCAAAAUGAGUAGACGAAAUGAAAAUUGUAAAUGAUGUAGUUGUUAAACUGGCUUGUUUUUGCAUGAGGAUCACAGCUCUGGCGCGAUCUAAUAAUCAGAUUAUUUUCCGCCUAUUUCUUUCGUUACAUUUGAAACAUUACACAUAAACUUCUACAGUUACAAAUCGAGAUGAUUACAUGCAUAUAUAAAUAGGGCAAAAUAAAAUAAAAUAGAAAGAUGAUAUAUUGGGAAUAUAUCAGAACAAGUGUA